GGUGGGGGGAGAAAUAAUAAUAAAUAAUUAAACAAAACUUCCAGUCUCCCCUCAAGUUCCACUGCCUCACCGCGUUUACUUUUCCCUCGCGACCUUUAUUUCUUAGUCGUCGUCUUCUUCCUCAUUCUGUGAUAAACUUGGUCUUUGCCUGCUGAUGAAACCAUAAAUUUCAGUCACUUACAAUCGAUGUCAUGAAGCUCUCUCAGAUCCUUGGGAGAUUACUCAUACUCUCUUAAUGAUCUCAUUCUCUCUCUGGAAUUACAAAUGCUUCUCCCCAAUUCCAGAUCUCUGCUCUUCUCUUCCCCACCUCCCCCUUUUACUGUACGCCCCAACCCUACCCCUAACAGAUCCAUGUUUAGCGGCUAGAAGACGGCUCCACCAAGUCUCUCCUACGGCGGCUAAAAGCUCUUCAGAUUUGAAAGCGAAACCCUAGGCAUAGAAUUCUGACCUCUCUAACCUCCCACCCCCAUUCUCCGAUGAAAGGCUCGAGCCGGUUGUUCACGAUCGGGCUUGUGACGGCAUGGUACUCGUCCAACAUCGGGGUUUUGUUGCUCAACAAGUACCUCCUCAGCAACUAUGGCUUCAAGUAUCCUAUCUUCCUCACCAUGUGCCACAUGACUGCGUGUUCCUUGCUCAGCUAUGUCGCCAUCGCUUGGAUGAAGAUAGUCCCAAUGCAGACUAUCCGAUCCCGUGUUCAAUUCCUGAAGAUCUCUGCUCUCAGUCUCAUUUUCUGUGCCUCCGUAGUUAGCGGUAAUGUUUCACUUCGAUACCUUCCGGUGUCAUUCAACCAGGCAGUUGGUGCCACUACCCCAUUCUUUACCGCCGUGUUUGCCUAUAUCAUGACGGUGAAGAGGGAAGCUUGGCUGACUUAUGUCACCCUCAUUCCUGUCGUCACUGGGGUCAUCAUUGCCAGCGGGGGUGAACCAAGUUUCCAUCUUUUUGGUUUUUUAAUGUGUGUUGGUGCUACUGCUGCUAGGGCACUGAAGUCAGUACUUCAAGGGAUUUUGCUAUCCUCUGAAGGAGAAAAGCUUAAUUCCAUGAACCUCCUUUUGUACAUGGCUCCAAUUGCUGUUGUGUUCCUUCUUCCUGCAACACUUUUUAUGGAGGAAAAUGUGGUUGGGAUCACACUAGCACUUGCAAGGGAUGAUGUCAAGAUCAUUUGGUAUCUUCUCUUCAAUUCUGCACUUGCAUAUUUUGUGAAUUUGACAAAUUUCUUGGUCACCAAUCACACCAGUGCGCUGACUCUUCAGGUGCUUGGAAAUGCAAAGGGGGCUGUCGCUGUGGUUGUCUCAAUUUUGAUCUUCAGAAAUCCUGUUUCAGUGACUGGAAUGCUUGGUUACACGCUAACAGUGUUUGGAGUUAUCCUUUACAGUGAAGCCAAAAAAAGGAGCAAAUGAAUGCGUCUGUGCGGGAACAGCUUACAAACACGUUUUUGUUCUGUUUUCUGUUUCUCUGAGAGGACAGCAACAUGCAUCUCGGAGCCGAGAUUUAUGCUAUUUCAGCCGAUUCCAAAUAUAUAUUGCACCCUCCAAAUUCUUUUGUAGGAGACCGGGGAUAGGAUAGUGUUUCCAACUGUAUCAACCAGCAAUGGCCAGCUAGCAUAGGAAAGGGCAAGGAAAAAUCUUAAUAAGAGGACCGACUGGUCUAUAUUUUCUUUCCAUCUUGGGGUGGUAAUAGAGGAAUGUCUUGUAUUCUUUUGGGGACAGAAUUGGGUCUCUACUACCCAAACAGUUUGUUUUUUUCAGUCAUUGUGCCGUCUCUUGAUUAAUUAAUGAAAGAUAUUCUGAAAGUCCUUACCAUUA